GUGCUCGACUCAGUCGCAUUCUGGCAUUCGAGUAGUUUUCACUCAGCGUCAGCCGGGCAAAUUUUCCCAUUUUCCACACUCAUCGGCGUCCCCCGGACGAAAUUAACAUCUCCAUAAAUCGCUGAACCGAGGAGACUCCGAUAAAAUUCACGCAGUUGAAUAAAGAGAAGAAAAAAGGCGCGACAACGUCAAAUGGAGGCAAGCGGGCACGACGCCGACGUCCCGCGUACGAAUCGCAACGUGCUCAAAUCAGUGUCACUAUUCUCCCACUAACAACGAUCUCACCAGCAUCAUUGACAUGUGCUUCAACCUCCGUUAAUUAGUCAGUCGAUUUUUGUGGAUAUAUCGAGGCUUUUUUUACCGAGUGACAAGUGCACGUGAGUCUCGGGCGGGUGAAUAGUCAAUUAAUCGAGACGAAAACUAAUUGAUCUAGUUGAUCGUUCGCGAGUGACAGUGAAGUGGAAAAGACAAAAUGCUUCCGCCAGCGGCGUUGCACAUGGAUCAGAGGAUAAACGGUGAUAGGACAGGUAUGCAGCAACAUCAUUCACAUCAUCAUCAUCAUUCCCAUCACUUGGAUCAUCGUCGUGAACAGAAUGGGGGCAGGGACUCGAGAUUUCACAGGCCGGCAGUACUGUCGCCAGGAAGAGAGCGUUUUCCAUCAUCAAGCAGUACAGACGACGAUCAGAGUGGCUCUGACGUUGAGCACGAUACCUCAGCAAUUCGUGGCAAGCCCCACUCUGGUAUUUUACAUUCGGGUAAUCACUCGGUGAGGAAGCGUCGUGGUAAUUUACCAAAGCAUUCAGUCAAGAUAUUGAAGAGAUGGCUGUAUGAGCACAGAUACAAUGCAUAUCCCAGUGACAGUGAAAAACUUACACUCAGUCAAGAGGCCAAUCUCACUGUACUUCAGGUAUGCAACUGGUUCAUCAACGCGCGGCGUCGUAUUCUACCGGAAAUGAUACGACGAGAGGGGCACGAUCCUUUGCAGUACACAAUUUCACGAAGGGGCAAGAAAAUGCCCGGCGGAAGCCACCAACAGGCGUCAGGACUCAGUCCAUCUGCCAAUCAAGAUUGGGAUUCACUAGCUUCGAGCGUACCUGCUAAACGGCGCAGAGAUCACGAUUAUGAGGAUCAUGUCAUGUACAGGAGUGAAGAAGACAGUCCAAACGAUUACGAGAGCAGUUCUCACAGUGAGGAGGAACGGCCCUCAGCACAGUGGCCAAGUGUCAUUGUUUACCCAUUUUCCGAGACUAAAGUCGAGCCAUCGAAUGAACUGAGUUAUGGCGAAGCACUAAAUCAUCCAGCCCGACGAGGGGAGGACAAUACAUCAGUACCAGAGGCUGCCUACUGGAGUGCACCGCGCCAGCAUUUAUCAUCAACCCCAGAAGUUAAACACGAGUCUGAGGUUUACAGUACCCACAAUAAUCACACCCACAGCGAUGAAACACCACCGCCAACACCACCCGAGGAGGACAAGGACAAGUUUAAGUGUCUUUAUCUGCUAGUGGAGGCGGCGGUCGCCGUCAGACAGCAGGAGAAGGAGCGUGAGGCCACUGUAACCGUUUAACAAAACAUUUAUAUCGUCGAGAGAGAGAAGUGAAAUCAACUAUUGAAGCCAUGAAGCCCGUUGUACCCCGGACUUUGGUGUCUAGAGUCGUUCGAACAUUGUUGGGAAUAUUUUUGGUGGUUCUAUUCAUCAUCUUUACGAUAUCGAGGGAUUUUUUUGGCUUCUCUCGAGGCCUCGGUGUCGCUGUUCAGUGAACAUUACGUUUGUGGAAGAUAUCGUUCAACUCUUUCAUUCAAUAUUUUUUAUCUGAUCGAGUUAUCAAGAGUAGUUUGACGUUAUCACUAGUACAGUUUAUCUGUUUGUGGUUGUUGAGAGUGAGAAUGCGCGAGAUGAUUUUUUUUUGGGAAUAACUGGGGGAAUUGAGGGGGAAUUGUUGGGUGAGGAUUUUUCCAUUAUUGAGGAUGUCUCUGGGGGAAGCGGUUUAUGGAUAAUUGGCAGGAGAUUUCUUUUUGGCGAUUUGGUAAACUGAAACAAUGGCUUUUUGAUAUUUUUCGAUAAAAACCUGUUCUUGUUCAAGAAAAAUUUGGAAUUAUCUCCAGAAUGAGGAGUUUUAACGAAAAAUGUCAGAAUAGCUUUUUUGAAGAUCUGGAAUUUUCAGAGAGAAAGUCUCUUUUCACAUUUUAUCCUAAACUAGCUUGUUAACGAGAUAGUUCUCCCUAUUGUAAAAAAAAUUCACAAUUUUGGGGAUUUUUUGACUAUCAAUCGAAUCUCUGCAGGGGGUUUAGAAAAAAUUGUCGAGAAAUCUAUUUCGUGAAUUUUGUGGUUUACAAAAAUUAUCUCUUGACAUACUACAAUAAACACGAUGGGUCCAGAGAUAUUUGGGAAAUAGUCUGAGUGUUUUUUUUUUCAAUUUGAGUUUAUGUUUGAAAAAAUAUGAAAUUAUCUCGAGAAUGAGGGACUUUAAGAAGUAAUAUCAAGAACCGUUCCAUCCUAAGACCACUCAUUAGUGAAAUAAUGACCUAAUUACAAAAACUUCACAUCUCAAUUCAACUUUUCUUCCACUUAUCAAUUUCCAUUAAAAAAAAUCAGUUAUCCUCCGAAAAGCAUUAGAAAUAAAACAUUUUGUACAUUAUCUUUAUAUUUCCUUAACUAACAACAGAAAAACGCUGAUAAAAACGUCAAUACGAAAUUUUAUCGAUUUCUCAAUCAUUUUUUGUUGAAUACCUCGGAAUCCAAGGGAGAUCUCAAAAAUUUUCAUGAAGACCAUUUUUGUAACUCUUGAUUUCCUCCGCAAAAACGUCUCCACGAAAAUCUUUCCAUCUCCCAAAAUGGAAAUGAACCAUUCAAAUUCCUUAUUUUGUUACUCAAAUAAUGAAUACACCUCGAAAAACCACGAAAAAUAGUUCUCAAAUUUUCAACAUUUCGAUAAAAAAAACAUGUGCCUUUGUGAGCGUCAAUUAAGAGACUAAAAUUCGCAGAAAUUUUCCAAACGCAAUUAAAUGGAUUGCAGUAAUUAUCAAAAUGCUAACAAUGAUCGAUGAAAACCAGCUCCCUCGAGCCUUUCUCCACCAGUUAAAUCCCAACAAAACUUUCUAUGAAUAAAAAUGUUGAUGUGAAGAUACAAACAAUUGUGACAAUUAUACGUAAUUCGGUUAUUUAGUGCGUAAUUGCUCAGAUAUUUGUAAUAAAAAUUGAAGAAAACUAAACUAGGAAGACUCGGGUUUAUUUCUACCAUGAAAUCACCACGACCGAACGUUCACGCAGGAUUCCAACGAAUUUACAAUCUUCAUUAUGCCAUAUUAAUUAUCUUUCAUAUAUUCGGUGGAAACAAAUUUAAAUUGCGUCCAAAUGAUGUAAUUGAUUCGAAUAUUGACUUCAAAUUCAAGACUUUUUUUUCAAUGUUUUGAAAUUUGCCCCCAAAAUCACUCGUCGUCCAGAUGAUAAAAUAAUUCAUUGAUGAAUGCACAAUUUAAAUUAAAGAACAUGUUAGUGACGCCAUUAUUGUGUUAAUAACUGGGUUUAGCAAGUGUCUAGCAAUUAUUUUUCUGUGAAAAUUGAAUCUGGAAAAAAAAAUUUUGCAGCUUGAGAUAACGUUUUUGGUCAUUAUGCAGUGAAUUGAAAAAUGUCAAGACUUUUUUCGGGGAGAAUUGAAUUUUCUAUUGAUAAUGUCUUAAAAUUGUCCCCGAAAAGCACUCGUUACCAAAAAUAUUUGAUAAUUAAUGGGACAAUGCUCAAUUGAAAGGAAACAACAUGUUAAUAAUGCAGUUACUUCGAUAAUGAGUAGAUUUAGCAUUGAAUUUUUUUUAUGAAAAGUGAAUUAUGUACAAAAUAUGUCUAGACAUUUUCAACAAAAAUCACUUGUCGUUGAGAUGAUGAAUAUCAUUUUUUCGCAAUUCAAAAUAACUGUUUUCGUAAUUAUGUCAGUAAUUAAUGAAUUUAGCGGCAGGAGUCAAGACUUUUUUUGCGGAAAAUUGAAUUUGUUACAAAAAAUGUCUUGAAAUUUGCUCCCAAAAUCACUCCUCAUUCAUAAAUGAUGCACGAUUAGAGGGAACUAACAUGUUUUUUAAUUAUGAAAUUAUCUUUGCAAUGAAUAGGUCAAGAGAAAAAUGUCACCAGACGUUUUUUGCAUCUGAAAAAAAUUCCUAAGAAAUCUCUUGGCAUUUUUUCCUACAACGACUCAUUACUGAGAUAAUUUCAUAGUUCAUUGGAAGAAUCAGAUGAGCCAAUUUAGCCAAUUUCAUAAUUUCGAUGCGUAGAAAAUAGUCCUGAAUCUCUUGAGGAUCGAAUCACAAUUUAUCGGUCCUCAGACGAAAGAUGCUCAAAACGAAAUUCCUCGUUGCCUUCCCCACUAGUAAUUCUCCAUAUACCUUUAUUUUUAGUGAAGUAAAAAUUAUUUUUCCACGUUCGAAAUUUCUUUUCUACCAAAAAUAUUUUUUGAUUCCAUUUCUUAUUGUUUUGUUCCUCAGUUCAAGCCCCAUUCAGAUUCUUGGUGUCCGGAGAAUUAACAGAUUCAAGAGGUUAAGUGGUAAAUCCUUUAACAAACUCGAAAUAUGAAUUUGUUUUUUUAAUUUCUUAAUUAAAUUGACAACCAAGCGUUGUAGAGAAAAACGACAAAAGAUUUUUCACCUGGAAAACUCAAUUCCCACCAAAAAUGUAUUUUGGCUUUUUUCUCUAGAGCCGUUCGUUCUCGAGAUAUUUAGAUAGUAAUUAACAAAAUUUUUCAUGUGAUUUGUGACUCGUCAUUGUUAAUUACCUAGUUAUCUCCGUAAUGAGUGGUUUUGAGAGAAAAAUUCAUGAGACCUUUUUUGUAAAGAAUUCGAUUUCCCACAAAAAAGGUCUAAUGACAUUUUCUGGUAGAACUACUCCCCGUUGAGAUAAUGGCGAAUUUACAAAAAUAUGAAAAAUCCCCUCACUACCACUUCACCCCUGAAUUCAAUUGAGAAACAAAUCAAAAGAAAAAAACACAAAAGCAAAAAAACUGUUAUCCGUUAUCAAAAAUAUAUAUCAUGGAAAGAUUGGUACAAAUGCCAAAGACUUACUUAACUAAUAGUAAUUAACUAAUUAAUUUUUGCGAAUUCAGUUGAUCGUUUGAUUAUUAAUUUCGUGAGAGUGAAAGAGCAUUAACAUGAGUGUGAUUAGUGAUUGAAUGUUCCAAAAAAAAUCACUCCUUUUUUUAAAUAAAUAGACAUUGAAAAAAAAAUCCUUCGUUUUGCAACCACGAAAAAUCGAGACGAAGCGAUUGAAAAAAAAUUGAAAAAUGUACAAAUUAACAACUCAAAUUAUUUUAUUUACUACUUAUACCAAUCUUCGUGGUCGUAGAAUAGUUCCAUCUAGCAUUAAGAAUUUAUUUUCAAUUUUUUAAUGAGCAAAACGCUCAACAGAAACUCGCAUUUGCGAUGAAAAACGGUAAAGAUGAACGAUAAAUCGACAAAAACUAAUUAUACAAUUCAAUUUAUCGUUCAUUGAUGAUCGAGUGCUGAUUAAUCAUCAUCACUUUGGUGUCGUAUACUUAAAAUGAAAAUAAUUGACCUCAAUAAUUACCAUCAUAAUUAAUAAAAGGCAAACAGACAAAAAAAACGCUCAGAGAAGAUUAAAAACAACAGAAUGACUAAUUAACAUUAGUUCUUGAUACGUUUUUAACAAGAGUGACGGAUAUUUUCGUAAUGAACAAUUAAUAAUCAAUAGGGAGGAUGAUUAAGUCAUCUCAGAUGCUGUUGAUGUUAUUACUGGACAAUUUUAACGUUAAAAAAAGAACAAUAUUGUUAACUAUUUGAAUAAAACGAGAAAGCGUGAUUGGGAGUCUCAUAGGUACGACGAAUAGUGUAAAAUAGUGCAAGAUGUAUGAGUUCUUAGGGUUUUAAAACAUUUGUACAAAAUUGAAAAUGAGGAGAUGAAUGAGGGAAUUCAUUGAGAAAUAAUUCAUGUGUUGAAGUGAUGAGAUCUUUGUUAAUUAAUAUUUUUAAACUCAAAAAAUUCUCCCCAAAAAAGUGAGAUAAUUAAAAAAAUGAAUAAUUGAUGCAUUCUUUGAUUGACGUGAAUUCCAAUUAACGAAUUGGACAUUUUGUUAAUCUGGGGAAAUUUUUUCCCUUCAAUCACUCAUUACCAAAGGAAUUGCGUAAUGAAGAAAAAUUCCGUUUCGACUUUUCAGGUUUCUCAUUUGUACUACAGCUUUUAUAAUUAACAACGAGAUAAUCCCUUUGAUACAUAAUUAUUCCGAAGAAAAAACCAGUUGUCACUGCCGCUUGAGCGUUCAAAGUGUCUUAAUUAAAAUUAAUCUCCAAUCUAUGAAAGAAAAUAAAAAAUAAAAUUCGUAUUAGAGUUCUAGGGAUGAAGAACUCAAUAGAAAGUGGCGUAUUAAUUCGAGAACUCGAGGUUCUCGUAUUUGUAAUGAGAUAAAUAUUAAGAAUGCUAUGAAUAGAGUAAGAAUAUGCGUAUAGGGUGCCUUUGUUUACAUUUUGUUUAUAAUUUGUUUAUAGUUCUUCCACACAAACGAAAAAUAAGAGAAAACAAUUUUUCAAUUUCUCAGAUAAAUGAAAACGUGAAUUGAGUGAUUUACCAAGAGAAAUUAUUUGUUAAAAAUAACUUUUCUUUUUUGUUUAAUUUAAAAUUCAUUACGAGAGUUGGAAUCAUUUGGUAAAUCAUUGAUAAUUAAGUUUUAAGUAUUUUUUAAACGAUAAUAAUAGCUGAUAUAAAAUAAAGACGAUUAAAAUGCUCUUCCUGAAUUAUUGAGAGACUAAAGUGAAUCAAUUUAUCAAUGCAAUUUAUCCAGUUACAUUUAUUAAUGCAAAUUUUCUGUUUUUUUGAGAAGAUGAUGGAGAGUCGAGGUGAAUUAGCGUUGAGCUACUUGUCCACUGGAUUUUUUAUACCGAAAAAUUUUAUCAAAAGUGUUUGAUGAUAGAAAAGGAGUCAUUUAUCGAUGAGAAAUUUAAGCACAAGGGGGUUUUUUCCAAGGGAUAAUUGUGAUGUGAUGUAAAAGGAGAUGAUUCCAAGUACUUCAUUUAUCAUUCUACGAGUAUCUUGGAAAAUAGUGGCCUCAGGGAAAAUGUUCUUGACAUUUUUUUUUCAUAAAUCCACCAGUUUCUGAAAUACUCAAGUAAAAAAUCAGCCUUUGGAGUCACAAUCUCUCAUCAUCAUCAUCACUUGGAUCGAACCAAACGCAACAAGUAGAGACGCCUGAUGUGUAAUCUGCGCCUAGACGCAUGUAAAAAUUGCUCUCACCUAUGAAUAAACUUACUAGUUCAUAAAGCUGUAGCAGGAUUUAAUUCUCAACGACAUAUUCAUGCAUAGACAAUAAUUCAUACCUACGAUUAAAUCCUCUUUUUUAGUUUUACUACGUAAUGUACAGGUGCCAUAAGUGAACGGACGAUCGUAAUUUGGUCACUAUUAUCCGAAUGAUUGGGAAAUCUUAACACAACGGUAACGAUGUAAUCCAUAAGCAAUUGUUUUUUUUGUUUCAUCUUUCAUUAUUUUUCUCUAUUUUUACGAAAAAAAAUUGUUACGUCGAGCAGGACAUGAUUUAGAGGUGGGCCUUUUCAAUUCCUCGACGCAAGUGGCGAUUAGAGGAGCAAGGGGGAUCUUUAAGUCAUGCAAAUGCUGAUUAUUAACGUAAUCUAGGAGUAAUGGUAUUAUAUUUCAUUAUUAUUCGAUUCGCAGACCUACAAUAAAGCAUGUUGUGAAUUUUA